AUGGCCGACAGCGACGGUCAGGGCGCCGCGCUUGUUGACAUCCGCCCGCUCCUGCAGCGCCUAUGGCCCGACCCGGCGAAGGAGAAGGUCACCGCGAAGGAGAUCUCUGAAGCACUCGCCCACAUCUUCACCAACCGCCUCAGCCCCGUCCAGACCGGCUCGCUGCUGACUGCCCUGCACUUCACGGGCUGGGACCGCCGCGCUGAUGUCCUCGCCGAAGCCUCGGCUGCCAUGCGCCACCACGCCGCCAAGAUCGACAUCGCCAGCCUCGAAGCCGCCAUCGCCAAGCGAAGGAGACCCGAGGGCAAGUACAACGGCGGGCUAUGUGACAUUGUGGGUACGGGCGGCGACUCCCACAACACGUUCAAUAUCUCGACGACGUCGUCGAUCGUCGCGUCGCCGCUGCUGCUGCUCGCGAAGCACGGCAACCGGGCGUCGACGUCCAAGUCGGGCUCGGCGGACCUGCUCAUGAGCAUGGAGCCGGUGCCGGCGCGGCUCGAGCGCAUCACGCCGGCCACGAUCGCCUCCGUCUACGCGCGGACCAACUACGCCUUCCUCUUCGCGCCCGUCUUCCACCCGGGCAUGCGGCACGUCGCCGCCAUCCGGCGCGAGCUCGGCUGGCGCACCAUCUUCAACCUGCUCGGCCCGCUCAGCAACCCGCUCGGCGACGUCGUCGAGGCCCGCAUGCUCGGCGUCGCGCGCGACGACCUCGGCCCCAUCUUCGCCGAGGCCCUGCGGCUCGCCGGCGCCCGCAAGGGCCUCGUCGUCUGCGGCGCCGAGCAGCUUGACGAGGUCUCGUGCGCCGGCCCGACGCUGUGCUGGCAGCUCGUCGAGCGCGAGGGCGGCGCCGGCGCCGGCGUCGCCGUCGAGCACUUCACCCUCACCCCCGCCGACUUCGGCCUCGGCACCCACCCGCUGCACACCGUCGCGCCGGGCCGCGAGCCGCGCGAAAACGCGGCCAUCCUGCGCCGCCUGCUGCGCGGCGAGCUCGCCCCCAACGACCCCAUCCUCGAGUUCGUGCUGAUCAACACGGCGGCCUUCCUGGUCGCCGCCGGCGUGUGCGACGCCGACGCGAGCGCCAUGGGGCCCGGCGACGACGGCCGCGUCGUCCCCGAGCGCGGCCCCGGCGGCGGCCGCUGGAAGGAGGGCGUGCGCCGCGCGCGCUGGGCCAUAGACAGCGGCGCCGCCUGGCGCCAGUGGGAGGCCUUCGCGCUCGCCACCGACGGCCUGCCCGCGGAGUAG